AGGCCCUGAAGUUCUCGCCACUCCCCGAGUGUGCGUUCAGGCGACUGAAGGUGUGGCGUAUUCAGGACGCUUUCACUUCUAAACUUGUUUUCAGCUCACGUUAACACCGCUUCCUCUCAGGAAUUUAAAGGUUGUCAUCUAACUUGUCAGCAUGGCUGUCGUUGGGGGGAUCAAGUGCAUCAAGUAUCUCAUGUUUAUAUUCAACUUAUUCUUCUGGCUUGCAGGCACUGCUGUGUUUUCCAUCGGCCUGUGGUUGAGAUUAGACCCCAAGACCAAAGGCCUGUUUGAAGGACCAGAGUCUCCAUAUGUGUUUUACACCGGUGUGUACAUCCUGAUUGGCGCUGGGGCGCUAAUGAUGGUUGUAGGAUUUCUCGGAUGUUGUGGUGCCAUCCAGGAGUCUCCGUGUAUGCUGGGACUGUUUUUCUUCUUCCUGCUUAUCAUCUUUGCCAUUGAAGUCGCCGCUGGCAUCUGGGGAUUUUCCAACCAGAGCAAGGUGGUGGACGACAUCACCACAUUCUACCUUCAGACCUACAACGAAUACAAAGACAGACAGGAUGAGCGUCUUCGAGAAACUCUGCGUGUGAUUCAAACUGGCCUCAACUGUUGCGGUCCAACUGGUUCUGUGUUUGACGGUGCCAAAGACACCUGUCCUAAAGGAGACCUCCUUGAGGCACUCAUCAUCAAGAGCUGCCCCGAUGCCAUUGAUGAAGUUUUUGACUCCAAGCUCCACAUCAUAGGAGGAGUGGGCAUCACCAUUGGGGUCAUUAUGGUGUUUGGGAUGAUCUUUAGCAUGCUCCUGUGCUGCGCUAUCAGGAAGUCUCGGGAGGUGGUGUGAUACCCGCAGACGUAUACUGGAGUCCUCGUUAAUGUUGCAUGAUGUCAUUCCCAGUUACAUGGCUCCCUACUGCCAGUUCGGUAGGGUGGGGGAGGAGGAAAUCUCACACCCUUACGUCUAUGUGGUUGUCAGGCCCAGCUAUAAAAUGGGUCGCAUCUGUGCUUGAGUGACAAAUGUCCCACAUUGAGAUCACCUGAGUGAAUUUAGUGCAAAACAUCUUAAAAGAUCAGCUCGUUGUUUAUUGAUCACAUCUCUAUUGAGGCCUCUCACUUAUUGGCGGAACGGGUUGUGGUGCGCAACCGAAAAAAAUCCAACAACUGCCAAAUGGAUGUGUGAAUGGAUUUGAAUUAACAGGAUUCUCAGCUGUAAACUACUUUUUGUAAUUUAGAUCUAAGUGUUAUUUGUCAUUUUGUUGGCUCACCUCUUUGAAGAAAUGCCUGUUUUUGUCACGUUUUUAUUCUCUUUAUAAAUCCACAUUAUCACGUUAUGAAUUUUCAAAAUGUUUUCAUUUUACUCAUAUUGGUUGAUUCAUAUCAUACACACAGAUGAUUCAAGAGUCAAAUAAACAAACAUGGAGUUAAA